AUGGUGACAAUGCACCGUGUCGUUGUGGUAACUAUGCCUGUCCAGUGGGCAGAGGUUGAGGUUGCGCAAAGUCAAAUAUAAUGGACACUUUUUUCUGCUUUUUCAGAUGUCUCGGGGGGAGAGGAGGAGAAAGAACGGGAGAAAGAGGAGGAGAACAGCCUACAGAAGCCACCCCACAGGAGAAUAAAGGAAAGAAGAGGAAACAGGUGUGUUCUCCUCCUCUGGUAUGUAAUAGUUUGUUUUAAACUUCAUUGCGUUUCGUUUGGUGUACAACUGUACUACUACUGUCUCAGUUAUAUUUGUCUACACAGAAAUCCCAGAAGGAGUGUUUUAUGGCUCAGGAGAAGAAAGCGGAUGAGGGCGAAAAAAAGCCCAAGAAACAGAGAAAGGUAAAACUGAGGAUGGAGGGGAUUGAAGAGACACUUGCUGUCCUAAAAAGGAACUGCAGUUAAAAUGUGCCUAAAUUCAAUCACAUUGGUGUUAGAAGUGGGAAUUGUAUCUCUGUGUGAAUUCAGAAGAAGAAGACGAUCACAGAUGUCCUGGCCACAUCGAAACCCAAACCGGGCUCUCCAGGCGACCUGCAGAACCUGGUUCUAAAGUAUUUCAAAUACGAGCGCUCUGUCAUCGAACUGGAAGAGCUCAAACUGCAGGGCGAGUCACCUUUAACCUUUCAACUGUCACACCUGACCUCUGUCUUCUGUUACCAGCAGGUACAAGGGCUGUCAGCCUUUUUGUCAGUCACUCUAUAUCUUUCUUUCUCUCUUUCUCUCUCUCUUCUUUCUCUCCCCCUCUCUCUCCCCCUCUCUCUCGUUCUCUCACUCCUACGCACUCACUUUCUCUGAAUUACCUAAUGUGACUUUUUUCACUGAUUCCUGCUUCCUGAUGAUUAAUGACCUCACACACACCUCCUCCUACCUGAAAGAAAGUGAGUACAAACCAAACCGUCACUCCUUACAUACCUACAUGCCUCACCAAUCCAUUACUCAUUUUUAACCUCAAUGUUAAACUAAUAGGACUUCUGUCCCAUUUGUGCUUUAAGUCUUCUGUCAUGUUCCUAGAUGUGUACUUGGGUAUAACUCAAUAGUCUGGUGUUGGCUUCCCCUCCUCAUCUCCUAUUAUUCAUCUGACUGAUCUGUGGAGGAAAUGAGAAGAGGAAGCCACUUUAGACUAUUGACAUCCGUCCCUUGUAUCACAGUAUAUGUUUUUCCUUUUCUCUUUUUGCUCAGUUUGUCCCAAAUGGGCUAAGGUCCAGACGCAACACACAGAGAAGGGUUCUGUAAUUCUGCUCAUUGUCUGUAACUCCGCCCUCAGACUCAUCAAGCUCACACAUUGGGAUGGGAACACCAUGGAGACUGAAAGCCCUUCUAGGGAGAGGUAAAGGCUUGUCCUUAGUGUGGCUUAAUUUACAUGAUACUUUGUUCUGAUCCUCUACCCUUCACCCUGAGGUGGGGCCUCAUUUUCUCCCCCUCAGGGAUUUAACCCCAGUUUGGCACUGCCAGCGCAGCGCUUCCUGGUUCUGGACUGGAACUGGUGGGACCAGAAGCUUCGCAUGAUGGUGGAUGUCCCUGAGGUGAGACUACAAUGCCCCCUGCUGGGUGAACAACACAGUCACACUUUACACAGUACUGAAAAUAUUUUCUAGUAGUACAUGGGCUUUCUGUCAGACAGACUAAAUGGAGUUUCUUAAUAAUAUAGCCCUCUUUUUCACUUCCAGGUCCAAAUUGACUUGCUGAAGCUGCUGGAUAGGGGCAUCUUGAAAGGCUGUAGAGAAGGAAAAGUAAAAGUGGGACUCUUCUGA